GAACCUUCUAGAAGACUGAAAGAAUGACCUCAGUUAUUCAGUUAUGACUGGAUCAACCAACAGAUGUGUACAAAAGUGAAAAUUGUGAUCAUAACAGAGCAGGUGAUAUGGAGCCUUUUGCUGAUCUGACCAUGAAUUCUGCCAGACUACAAGGAAAAUCACUGGGGAAGCUGGCGGCACCAUCUCUGCUCAAUGACUACUACACUAACCUCCUCCAGUGCAGUUGUAAUGGUGUUAUUGCAUUAGCCCUGGGCUCCUCCGUUUUCCUCUGGAAUUCAGAGACCCGAGCUUUGCUGGGACAUUUGGACCCAAACCCACCAGGGGGACGUCCUCGUGGACAAAGUCAGUCCAUCUGUUCUCUGUGCUGGAGCAGAGACGGCAGAACUCUGUCCAUGGGGACCAGACGAGGACAGAUCCAGUUGUGGGAUGUGGAACAUGAGAAGAACGUAAGCUGUGUGCCAUUCCACCUGUCUGCAGUCAGAGCGCUUUCCUGGAAACAGCAGUUACUCAGCAGUGGCUCUGACCUGGGACAUAUCCAUCACCAUGACCCCCGUGCCCCUACCCUUCUAUCUGGUGCAGUCGUCCAACAGGGUGGGGUUUGCAGCCUGCAGUGGUCUCCUACAGAGGACCAUCUGGCCAGUGGCUCCACUGAAGGCUUUCUGCAUGUGUGGGCCAAUGGCAUCGCAAGUUCACAGCUACCAAUCAUUACAAUGAAACAACCCAGCUCUGUUAAGGCGAUGGGUUGGUGUCCAUGGCAGAGAAACACGAUUGCUACAGGAGGAGGAUGGACGGAUGGACAGCUGAGGAUCUGGGAUGUCCAAUCAGGGACCGGUGUCACCUCUGUCAACACAAACUCACAGAUCUGUUCUCUUCAAUGGGCUGAAAAGAACAGACGUCUGCUCACAGGUCACGGCCUCCCUGAUCACCACAUCACCUGCUGGUCCUGGACUGGUCCUGGCCUCCGUCUCAACUAUCAGCUGACAGGUCAUUCACAUCGAGUCCUGCACUUGGCCUUGAAUCCUGAUGGCUCUCAGAUGUUCUCUGCUGGAGCAGACCAGGUCUUUCACAUGUGGGACGUGUCAUCAUCAGUGUGUCUUUAAUGUGUGUGUGUUGUGUCACUCAUUUGAAGACAACUCUCUCACUUUCUCACCAACACCUUUGU